AUGUUAAUUUUAAAAUAUACUGUCACAAAGGGGGUCAACUUCCUGGUAUUCCGUAACGAGUUGUGUUUCGAAAGCCCGAUAAUAAAUGGCAAAGAGGAGGCCCGGAUUUGCAGCUACGGCCCCACUCUGCACUUCUACCUCGACGAUGACAAGAAACUGAAAGCUUCUCGACGCCAAGUGAUCAAACAUUUCGACCAUAAUUACAAAAUGGCCCAAUUGUACGUGAAUAAAUACAAUUAUAUUCGUGAAUUUUUCGCCGAAGAUGAGGAAAUGAAAGAGGAAGCUUUGAAAAAAGAAAGGGAUAUUGAAACGUUUCGAAACCUGUGUAAUCGUUAUCAUCAGGAACUUGAUAUUAUUGACGGUGUUAUCGUGUCGCAGUCUCUUGGAAUGUUAAAUUUGCAAUUGAGUCAUUUGAAAGACUGUGCAAAACCGGAACCGGAAAGACUGAUUUCGGCCCUAACUCACAUUCUUCCUUGGAUUGGUAAAAGUGAAAUUGAUCGAUUGAUUGAAGAGUCGGAGAAUAUGGAAACGAGUCUAAACCACCAACCGGUGACAACUGUUGAUUAUGUGAAAUAUUUGGAGUAUUUGGACGAUGCUAAUACCAAAUUAAACGAUAUGGAAAAUAAUUUGGAUUAUUGCAAGGAAUUGUAUGAUAUUAUGGAGGAGUUUGCUAUACCAGUCCCCGACGAAGACAUGAACAAUUAUCUGGGGAAAAAAAAUGUGGGUUUUAGGCGAAACACUCCCUGUAUCUCGGGUCACAAACUUUGUAAAAAUAAUUUUUCUAGUGACGUUGUGCGUCUAGAACGGCCCGAUUUGGAAUCACAAAGAACAGAAUUGAUUAUACGAAUCAAUAACGACAAAACCCAAUUACAAUUAAUCGAAGAUAAAAUUUUGAAAUUGUUGUAUCAAUCCGAGGGUAACAUUUUAGACGAUGAAGAACUAAUUGAGACUCUAAAUGAGAGCAAAGAAACUUCAGCUGUGAUUGCAGCCCGUCUUUUGGAAACCGAAUCAACCGAACGCAAAAUUUCAGAAGCACGUGAAAAUUACCGAACUGUUUCAGUCCGUGGUUCAGUUCUUUAUUUCGUCAUUGCUCAAUUAGCUGAAAUUGAUCCGAUGUAUCAAUACUCGUUGAAAUAUUUCAAACAAAUUUUCAACACUGUYAUUGAGACUAGUGAGAAAAGUGCUGAUCUUAAACAACGACUUGUGAUUUUAUUACGCGAAAUAACGGCAUUUGUUUAUACGAAUGUGUCACGUGGUUUGUUUGAYAGACACAAAWUGGUUUAUAGUUUUAUGCUUUGUGUUGCGAUUUAUCAGGAGAAGGGGGAAAUCAGUGAUAAUCAGUGGAAUUUUUUGCUUCGGGGCCCCGUGGGGGCUAAAAUCGAGUUGCCCCCAAAGCCGGAUUAUGCGCUAAUCACCGAUGCAAUGUGGCUUUCGGCGAAUUUUCUCGCUGUUAGUAUUCCAGGUUUUGAGAAAUUACCCGAGGAAAUUACCAAUGUGAUCAGUGUUAGUAUUUCGGAUUUUCGUCACGAUAUUUCAGUGGUGCCAAAUGCGCGAGCUAGUGGCCUGAAAUGGAACCAGAUUUUGGACGAUUUCAACAAAUUAUUGCUCCUGAAAACGCUGAAAGAGGAGAAGUUGGUGUUUGCCAUCACCGAAUAUGUCAAAAUUAAACUGGGGAAGCAGUUUAUUGAAAGUCCACAAGUGUCGCUUCAAGUUUUGUCUCAGGAUACGUCAAAUAUCACUCCUUUGGUGUUUAUUUUGAGCACCGGUUCGGAUCCUUUUGGGUCGUUUCAGCGUUUUGCCGACGAAAUGGGUUUUCGUGAAAGGAUCAAAUCGAUUUCGCUGGGACAAGGACAAGGACCUGURGCUGAAAAAAUCAUCGAAUUGGGAUUAGAACGUGGCGAUUGGGUUUUUCUCCAAGUAAACCCGAAAGUCAUCGGUUCAAAGAGCCUUCAGGAGUUAGAACAACUUUUCAGUCAAAAAAGUGGAAGCGAGGUCAAGAAUCGGAGUGACAAAAGUGACGACGUAAGCGUUUUGGAGUUGGUAACAGAGAACCGGGUUAAUCGUGUCGAAACUGGUGAGUCGACAGAAAGAGGUGACGAAAGAAAAGUGGACGCAAUGGCGAAUACGACGCUUCAUGAGGUCCUUAAUGCGACAAAAACCUCGGCACCGUUGGCCGAGACUUUCCGGAUGUUUAGCACACCAAAUAUGAGUAGGGUGGAUAUCAAAACCCUGGUAAGACAGGUACCAAGAGAGGACAAGAGGGAAAAGAAACUGCGGAAAUUGAUGCCCGGGAGAAGAGGACAUAAGAGGUGUCCAAGUAGAAAACUUGUGGUGAAGUGGCCGCAAGUCUUGGCAAGGGGUUGCCAAGUCCGUGGUGGUGAAGCCACGAGGUUGAAGCACAGGAGGUGCUGGAAAAAAAAUUUUGUGACACAGAGGUCGCAAGUCCGUGGCGGGGUAGUCACGAGGGUCCGUGGCGGAAUAGUCACGUGGGAGAAGCACAGAGGGUCGGACGCUUUGGAGGAGGUUUAUGUCGCCUUCACCAACAAUCAAGUACCGAAAAUGUGGUCGAAAAAAAGCUACAAUUCAUUGAAAAGUCUUGGAAGUUGGAUACGAGACUUGGUGUUACGACUCGAUUUCAUUAAAAUUUGGGUGCGUUCAGGUCCUCCAGCUUCGUACUGGCUAUCGGGUUUCUACUUCCCUCAAGGUUUCCUAACCGGAACUUUACAAACCCAUGCCAGAAAGUAUAACUUACCGAUCGAUCAACUCAAAUUCGAUUUUGAGGUACAAAAAGUAUGGAUUGAACAGGAACAAGUGAAGAAGAUUCACGAUGAGGAACAACACGAAAAUUUGGAAGUUUAUAAAGGUUUGCAUCAUCCGCAAGAUGGGGCUAUAGUUCAUGGGCUUUUCCUCGAUGCAGGCCGAUGGGACACACCAACUCAUAAAUUAGUUGAUGCCAAACCUGGUGAAAUUAAUCCCUUACUACCGGCUAUUUGGAUGUUACCAAAGACUAAUUUACCCCCAAAUGAUAAAAGAUAUGUGACUCCAUUGUACAAGACAUCGAUACGUGCAGGUGUCUUAUCGACAACAGGACACAGUACGAAUUUCGUAAUCGCUGUUUUGUUACCAACUGAUAAACCACAAAGUUACUGGAUAUUGAAAGGAACUGCAUUAUUGACACAAAUCACUGAUUGAUUAUUUUUAUUUGAUUUACGAAGAAGACGCGAUUAGAGUUUGUUGCAAAUGUAAAAUUUCAUCGGGAAUUGCUUCUUUGAGACACUUUCGGGACGCCUCGGAGUAAUUCGUGAACGUUUCAAGGAAACUCAUGGCUAGGGAUACUUCUAAAGGCAAGUCGGUGCUUUUAACACUAAAAAAAAACGUUUAAAACUGAAAUUGACAAGUUUUUUACCCACCUUAUGUUGUAUCUAGUCAAUUGUGUGAUAUAAUCACUUAAUAAGUUGAUAAAACUUUCGUUUAAUUUGUUAUGGAAUUGUUUGAUGAGAGUGUGAAUUGAGACAGCAAAUGUGGUCCCAUCGAUUUGGUCCGUAUUUCGUUUGUUUCGUGGGAAAAAAACUUUGUGUAAAUGUGCAAUCACAAAAACGAAAAUUGUGAUAUAAUGAUUGUUGUCGAACUUUGAUGUGAUGUAGAUUUUAUUAAAUGGGUUAUUUAAGCCCGAGUAAUCGAAAUAGUGUGAUAGUGUGGACAUGAUUUCCUCACUUGGGGCACAUUCACCAUUAACAAUGUCGAGUAAUAAAGCCCUGAAACAUUUUUUUGAGUGGAAAAAAUCACAAAUAGUCCGGUCAAAUUAGUCAUAAAAAUAAUGGUCAAAUAACGAAA